GAGCAAAGUCCGGGAACAGCGUGAAGGGGAGGGGGACUUCAGGGCCCGGGACUCUGCUGGCAGCAGGCGGAAAGGAGGUGAAGUUUGCGUGUGUCUGCGGGUGUUCAGAGAUAUAAAUUUUCCCCUGGGAACUUUUUGACUGCAGCAUCACAUCAAGUUUGACCAGUUAAAUUUGGAAAACUACUGAAGACAGAAAGAAGAUACAAAGAAAAGUAAAAAUGCCGAAACCAAUCAAUGUAAGAGUAACGACCAUGGAUGCAGAGCUGGAAUUUGCUAUCCAGCCCAAUACAACUGGCAAACAACUAUUUGACCAGGUGGUGAAAACAGUUGGCCUGCGUGAAGUCUGGUUUUUUGGGCUGCAAUAUGUAGAUAGUAAAGGCUAUUCAACUUGGCUUAAACUAAACAAAAAGGUAACACAGCAAGAUGUAAGAAAAGAAAAUCCUCUGCAGUUCAAAUUUCGAGCUAAAUUCUUUCCAGAAGAUGUGUCUGAGGAACUAAUUCAAGAAAUAACACAGAGACUCUUCUUCUUACAAGUUAAAGAAGCAAUCUUAAAUGAUGAAAUAUAUUGCCCCCCUGAAACUGCUGUUCUUUUGGCUUCCUAUGCUGUCCAAUCUAAAUAUGGGGAUCAUAAUAAGGAAAUUCAUAAAUCAGGCUACCUGGCUAAUGACAGACUCCUACCUCAACGAGUGUUGGAACAGCACAAACUGACAAAAGAACAAUGGGAAGAAAGAAUACAAAACUGGCAUGAAGAGCACAGAGGGAUGUUAAGGGAAGAUUCAAUGAUGGAAUAUCUGAAGAUUGCUCAAGAUCUGGAAAUGUAUGGUGUCAACUAUUUUGAAAUAAAGAAUAAAAAAGGAACUGAAUUAUGGCUAGGUGUUGAUGCUUUGGGCCUGAACAUUUAUGAACAUGAUGACAAGUUGACACCCAAAAUUGGUUUUCCCUGGAGUGAAAUCAGAAAUAUUUCAUUUAAUGACAAAAAGUUUGUCAUAAAGCCAAUUGACAAAAAGGCACCUGAUUUUGUUUUUUAUGCACCUCGUCUAAGAAUCAAUAAACGGAUUUUGGCUUUGUGCAUGGGAAACCAUGAGCUCUACAUGCGAAGAAGAAAGCCUGAUACAAUCGAAGUACAACAGAUGAAGGCUCAGGCUAGAGAGGAGAAACAUCAGAAGCAAUUGGAAAGGGCACAACUAGAAAAUGAAAAAAAGAAAAGGGAAAUAGCAGAAAAAGAAAAGGAGAGAAUAGAGCGAGAAAAGGAAGAGCUGAUGGAACGUCUAAGACAAAUUGAAGAACAGACAAUGAAAGCUCAGAAAGAACUAGAAGAACAGACUAGAAGAGCCCUAGAAUUGGACCAGGAACGAAAGCGAGCAAAAGAGGAGGCAGAACGGCUGGAGAAAGAGCGUCGAGCUGCAGAGGAAGCCAAGGCUGCUCUAGCCAAACAGGCAGCUGACCAGAUGAAAAAUCAAGAGCAGCUAGCAGCAGAACUUGCUGAAUUCACUGCCAAGAUAGCACUUCUAGAAGAAGCCAAGAAGAAAAAAGAAGAGGAAGCUUCAGAAUGGCAACACAAAGCUUUUGCAGCCCAAGAAGACUUGGAAAAGACCAAAGAAGAACUGAAAACUGUAAUGUCUGCCCCUCCCCCACCUCCCCCACCACCAGUCAUUCCUCCAACAGAGAAUGAACAUGAUGAACAUGAUGAGAAUAAUGCUGAAGCUAGUGCUGAACUGUCUAAUGAUGGUGUUAUGAACCACAGAAGUGAGGAAGAGCGUGUUACAGAAACACAGAAAAAUGAACGGGUGAAGAAGCAGUUACAGGCAUUAAGUUCAGAAUUAGCCCAAGCCAGAGAUGAAACAAAGAAAACACAAAAUGAUGUACUUCAUGCUGAGAAUGUUAAAGCUGGCCGUGAUAAGUACAAGACUCUGCGGCAGAUUCGACAAGGCAAUACAAAACAACGUAUUGAUGAAUUUGAAGCAAUGUGGGGACCCAAACUGUAUGCAUUGUUCCAGAUGAGAUCUUGCCAAGGCAAUAGAAAGUAAAUUUAAAAGUUAUAAAGUCCAACUCUGAGAAGGUCACUGGAAUCUGAUCUCUGGCGAGCCUUAGGAUAGACAUUUUCUAAUGAUCAAAUGUUUUGAAUCUAUGGUUUCCAUAAGUGGAACCAUUUACUGCUAAAACAAUGUGGAAGAGUCCAGGCGCUCAACCAAGGUUCUCACUGAUGCUCUCUUUGCACUUUCUUGACUGCUGAUUUUUCCUUUCUUGGUCUACUGUGCUUCCUUUUGGUCAUUUUUGGUUGUGUUUUCCUGAAUAGACUUUAGGAAGGUGAGUUGUUACUUCUGAACCCUACGUUGUACUCAGUAGACUCCAUUCAGCAUCCCUUAGUUGAUGUGACCGCCUCCCCUUUUCAAACAGGCGCAUGAGGUCACCUAAUUAUUGUUAAUUCUCCAAGUUCCGCAUGACCAAUUUGUGGGAAAGAAAAUACUGUCUAAUUUCCAAAGACUUUUCAGGAUUUGAAGAAACUGUACAUAGUUUGUAUUUAGCACUGAAUCAGAAGAAGGAAAUUGUGUACAGUUCUGUAUGCCUACAUACAUCUGUGCUCUCCUUAACUGGCCACAUUCCCUUUUCUGCAGGCUGUUUGUAUAUGUAUAAAUAAAGGGUACAAUAAAUAUAUUCUGACAUUA